UACCGCUGACCAUGGUUCCUGUUCUGCUGAUUAGGUUCUCACUUUCAGCUUGGUCAGCUUCCUACCCAAGGGCCGCCUUUGAUUUGCGUCGUUCAAUUCCUUGCUUCCUGCACUCAAAUCAGCAGUCAUAGUGCUACUCACCGUUACUUUGACUAUUACUUUACCAUUACCAGCAAAAACGCUGCACACAUGUAGAGUUUGUACACAAAGCGUGCAACAAGUUGCUUGACUUCAGCCAUCAAAACAACAGAUAAGUAUGCUUCACCGAGAUGAAUACUCGCGCCUUCUCGGGUCCCUGUAUCUGAAAGAUCAAAAUGAAGAUUGGAAGAAUAAACUGUUUAUUCUAGAUGAGGAACAGUGUUUGCUCAGAUACUUUCACCACACGUACGUCUAUUGCCCGCCAAAUGAAAAGUUGUGGAACAUGCCUGAAGGAGAAAUUAAGCUUCGAUUUAUUACGAAGAUUGAAGAGAGACCCUACUCUCCAGAAAAUGGCUACUGUUUUGAAAUUCAGAUGUUUGAUGCUAAGAAGUAUUUCCUAAAAUCUGAAAAGGAAAAAGAAAUGCAAGAGUGGGUGACAAACCUGAGAAGAGUGGCGGUUGACCCAACAAGAAGGCAACAGAAGGGAUCCAUUUCCAAGCAAAUUGAUAAUCCACCACCUGAGGAUCCACAGCCCAUCCCUACUGACACUGAAGAGGUCACUAAUGGAAAGGAUAAACCGAUGGAACAUAUCAGCUACGAGACAAAGAUUGUUGGCGGAGUAGUCAUAAGAAAACCUGUUGUCAUGGUUGACCCAACAAGAAGGCAACAGAAGGGAUCCAUUUCCAAGCAAAUUGAUAAUCCACCACCUGAGGAUCCACAGCCCAUCCCUACUGACACUGAAGAGGUCACUAAUGGAAAGGAUAAACCGAUGGAACAUAUCAGCUACGAGACAAAUAUUGUUGGCGGAGUAGUCAUAAGAAAACCUGUUGUCAUGAAGGCGGAUUCAGACACCGAGAGCCAAGCAUCUCUUGAUAGUCAAGGGAGUUCCUUCUCUGAAAGUGUAGCUGGCACUCGUGGUAUCAAAGUUAUUAAAGAUGGCUACUUAGUGAAAAAGGGAGCUGUGGUAAAAAACUGGAAGAAAAGAUACUUCAAACUUGAUUUAGUAAAAUUCAGCUACUACGAAAAAGACACGGACAGAGAUCCCAUUCGAACAAUCCCCACUGUUGACAUCAGUGAAGCACGUGUUAGUAAAAUAGUUGAUGGUGGUACAAAAGAACACAUGUUUGAGGUUGUUACACCACACAGGACAUUUUAUCUACAGGCAUACACAGAUGCAGAUAUGCAAAGUUGGAUAAAAGCUUUACAUUCAGCAAUAAAAUCAAUACGUGGCAGAACCGCAAGUGGCCCUCUUUGACCACACUCUUACUCAGUCAUAUGCCUAGCUGACUCAGUUCAAAGGGACAUGUCACCAGAGUCAACCAGUCUAUCAUACUACGUAACCAGCACCGUCUGAUGUAGCUGAAUUAUCUUGUCAUGUGGUCCUCAUCAGUAACGGAUCUAGGGGAGGGCUUGGGGGGUUCACCACUCCCCCCAACCCACCCCCCUUGGUGUGCCAAAGGAAAUUGAUAUGUUUAAGCGGCGUUAACACUAGUCGACUUCCGGUCGAUUACGUAAAAAUCUCGAUUAUUUUCAACGGACAGCGGGAAAAAUAUUUCAAAAUCGUAAAAGCAGUAAGUGUAUCUGAAAUUUCUUUGAGGAUGUGGCUGAUAAUUUAGAGCGGAUGGCCUAUUAAAUAGCGUGGAUUCUAAUAGAUUUUUUUGUCUCUGGUCGGUAGAAGUUUUCGUCGGCCCUCCGGAAAUAAACUGGUGGCAGUGUCGCUUUAAGAUGCCAUAUAGAACAUCCCUCUAAGAUGAAAAUCCCUACCCAUCUCCCUACCCAUCUCUUAGGUAUUUGUGUCUGUGUGAGAAAAGCCAAAUGCUCGCGCAUCUUUAGUCAAAGUAAAGUGCCAAUGUAUUGAGCAAAGAUGUUCAACGGAUAGUUUUAUUAUCCAUUAGUUAGUAUAUCUAGUUUUAAAAAAGAAACAUUUGGUAGGGGUUUUAUUUAACACUUGUGAAUUUUGUUGAUACUAUGUUCUAGUGUUAGAAUUUUUUUAAACAAUUUCUUUUGUUUUUGUAUUUGUCUUUUAAUGGUUACACCAGGACAUAUGUUUUCCUCGGAUUUUGCAGCUUUUGCACUCAGUCCAGCUAUAAUUGCUAUAACCCAAAACCAGGACCGUUGCUGAGUAAACGUCGUUAAGAGUGCAAGCCUCGGAUAUUUUUUUAGUUUGCUUCGUGAGCAGACGCUAUGUUUUCACAUGUCUCUAGUAAAUUCCUGCUGUACUAAAGGGGCAGCUACGCUCACUGCCCCCGUGCUAUCUACGCCUGGAAAUUAGUCCAUCGAUAAGUAACUUUUGUUUGCUACAAGAAGAAUACGAGUAAGGUUAAUGUUUUCUUGUUUCUCUUAAAAAUGCGAAAGACAAUUUGAUAAAUUUGUCUUUUAAGUAGGAAUAGUUACACCAAGACUUAUGUUUUCCUCGGAUUUUGUAGCUUUCGCACUCAGUCCAGCUAUAACUGCUAUAACCCGAAAUCAGGACCGUCGCUAGUAAACUUCGUUCGCAAGUUUGAUAAAUUGUCUACUGCUUUAUAACGUAGUUUUCUUCAUAUUUAACAAAAACAAAACUUAUCGCUGUGUAUAUCGUGUAGUCCUGGUUUCUAUUUUUUGUUGGUUUGAAUGUUGUCGUCUGAAGUCACACUUUUUUUAUAAGUAUUUUAAGGCUGAUAAUGUUCUUAAGGAUUGGAAAACCCAAUGAAGUAUUAGAAGAGAAUUACACAAGUUGUCAAUAUAAAUAUAAUAUUAAAGGUUAUGAACACAA